AUGUUUGUCCGUCCAGCUACUCAUGCCGGUAGUUGGUAUACUAACGAUGCUGGUAGAUUGAAAAGCCAAUUGAACAAGUACUUCAAAGAAGCUAGUGAAUUGAAGGAAGGAAUCAAUACUAAUGACGAUAUCUCAAAGUCAAUUAAGGGGGCAAGAAUCCUAAUUGGCCCCCAUGCCGGUUAUACUUAUCUGGGAUCAAGAUUAGCAGAAACUUUUAAUGUUUGGGAUACUACAAAUGUUAAAAGGGUGUUUAUUCUUGGUCCUUCCCAUCACGUUUAUUUCACUAAAACUGCUAAGUUAUCAAAUUACCAUUAUUAUCAAACUCCUUUUGGUGAUUUAAAAAUUGAUAAUGAAGUGAAUGAUCAUUUGGUUCAACUCCGUAAUAAAGACGGUUUGAAAAUCUUUGAUUUCAUGGACGAAGAAACCGAUGAUGAUGAACACUCAUUUGAAAUGCAUAUCCCGUUUAUUUAUCAUCGCUGUCAAGAUUUACCGCAAGGACUACCCCAGAUUAUUCCAAUAAUGAUUGGACAAAAUGAUUUGACUAAGCUAUCCGAAAUAUCAAAUGCUUUGAAACCAUUUUUAGCAGAUGAUUCAAAUACUUUUGUCAUAAGCUCUGAUUUCUGUCAUUGGGGUAGCAGAUUCCAAUAUACAAGGUAUGUUGAUCAAGAUCUUUCUUCCACUGCUACCCAAGAUAUCCCCUUGAUUAAAUUGGGUCUUACCAAACCCCUGAAAGCUUUCCCUAUUUAUAAGUCAAUCGAAUCCUUGGAUAAAAAGGCAAUGCAAAUUGCCUCCGCUGGAAAUGUCAACGACUGGAUCGAGUACAUUGCCAAAACCCAUAAUACAAUCUGCGGUCAAAGACCAAUUAACGUUCUUUUGGGGUUGAAUCUACAUGAAGUUUCGGCUGGGACCAAUGUCUUCAAUUGGAUUGGCUAUUCCCAGAGCAGCCAGGUCACCUCCCCUCUGGACAGCAGUGUAAGCUACGCUUCCGGUUACGUCAAACUUAAGUAA